ACAGAGAUGACGCCAUGGCCAUUUGGGAUGCCAUAUAUAACUUUGUUCGUGAAGUGGUGAAUGGAUGUUACACAGAUGAUGAAGAGAUACACAAGGAUCCAGAGCUGCAAGAAAUGGUGUUUUUCAUAUACAACUAUGGAUUUCUGCAGAAGUCAGAUUGCCCCUCAAGCCUGAAGACAAGAGAGGAAGCCAUUAAAUACAUCACCAUGAUAAUGUUCACCUGCUCAGCCCAACAUGCCGCUGUGAGCCAUGGGCAGUAUGAUAUCUAUGCAUGGAUGCCAAAUGGACCAACGACAAUGAGGAAGCCUGCACCCAAGGACAAGGCGGUGACUGAGAAAGACAUAAUGGACACUCUCCCAGACAUUGACACAACACUGGAGGCUAUGAAUGUGCUUCAUUUCCUCAGCCAGGGUCCAAAUGACUUUGUGCGACUUGGACAGUACCCUGAGGACGUUGCCUCUGAAAAACACAUGAGAAAGCCCAUCUUAAACUUCCAAAGGAACCUGAAUAAAAUUGGAGAGGCGAUCAAGAAGAGGUCUGCCUUCAAAGACUUCCCCUAUGAGUACUUGUACCCUGCAGGGGUGGAAAACAGCAUCACAAUCUAA